AUGUCUUCAAUUGCCCGGCCUCCGGAUCCAUGUCUGGUAGCAAUUAUUCUCAUUGUCCGCUCACGAACAGGCCCCCGUCUGGUCUUCCACUGGCCUCCGAACCCACUCAACGAAAACCGGAUCAAGACAACGACGAAGGGCGGUCGGCGCUCCCGCAGAAGCAGAAAUACAGAUUCGAGCUCAAGCUCUUCUAGUGGAUCAUCUUCGUCGGAAGACGAGGAGGGUGAUAACCAGAGCCAUGCAGGUGGUGGUGCAAGCACCCCCAUGGGUCGACGGCCGAGUAACUUCGGUCUAGACGAUCAUUUGUUCGUUUCCGCAUCACCUGGAAGUGCCAUGGAGCCACAACGUCCUGGAUCUCUGGGUUCUGGCCGAGCUUCAUCGCUUCGAAAACGGGGUGGUGCUGACUCGGAGGCUGAGGACGAGGAAGGUGGUUCGUCGCGCCCGCCUUGGGAGUCACUUCUGGGCUUACCAGGGAGUGUAUGGGAGAAACUACUUAGUCCAUCUCGGUCUUGGAAUAAACGUCGGUUUGAAGUGGGGAUCAAUGAUCUCGCGCUGAUCGGGUGGCCAGUCUUUAUUCGUGAGGAUGGGACUUGGCGCAAGCAGCGGCGCAAGAAGGAGAAGAAGCCUCGUGCAGAUUGGGAGGGCGGGGAGCUGGGUCAUAAUGAGCAUGGUGAGGGCACUGGUAAUGAAGAUAUAGUGUCUUCUCCCCAGGACUUGGGGGCUAGUAUUGCUUCUUUUGCAGAUUCGACGCGGACGGUAAUUUCGCCAAACGCUUCUAAGCGUGCGUCGAUAGCCAGUGUGAAGAUUGGAAAACUGCCAGACGAGUCUCAGGAUUCAGAUGAUAAAGACCACAUGACUAUGUUCAAUGUUGUCUUUGUUGUAGAUCCUCCUUUGCUUGAGUAUUCCCUGCGCGUCAAGGAAAUCUACGAGAAUAUUAUCAAGAAGUUUGCAAAGGCUCUCAAGUGGGAGCAGGCUCGAACUGACUAUGUAUGGAAAGAAUCACAGCAUAUUUUACAAGUGCGAAGAAAGGCGCGUGAAGCAAAAACCUCCUCACUCACUCUCUACUCUGACUUGAUCAAUCAAUCUUCCUUAGCCAGGGCAAUAUACACAGUUUAUACAAGUAUCUCAGCAUCCAAGAUUGCAUCUGUCUCGCUCAGCCCCGACGUCUCAAUCUCGCUGCAGAUCCCUCCGUUGACGUCCACACCAUAUCUUGCCGGCCCAGCAGAUACUGCAUAUCCAGGUCUCUGGUUGACCACGGCAGACAGUGCGACUCCAGUAGAUGAGCCAGGUCCCGAUGGGGGUAAUGCGCCACACAUGGUCCUCGCUAAAAACUUUGCACUACUUUUCCUAGACAGCGAAGCGUCUAUCAUCAAAGAUAUCGAGGCGUCCGGUGGAGCUCUUGCCCAGGCACUUGCUCAUUACAUUCGAUGCUCGAAGCCUACCAAGUCAUUUGCCCAAAUUUCAGUAUCUUCGGGCAUUCCACUUUCCACGAUCCAGAUGCUAGCUAGCCACCUUGUCUACUGGCGCCGUGCCCGUGCCAUACCUCCUAUCCACCAGCGAGACACAUACUUUGUCUCUCCCAACUGUGACCUAAGCAAGCUGGAAAUCGCUACUGUCGCCUAUCAAGCGGCGUUCCCAACGCUUCCCAGUUUACCGAAAAUGCUUUCUACACUCAGUGGCACGCCUCGUCCUUAUGCAAGCUUUAUUCCAAGCAAAGAUCACAAGGAGGCUUACUUCGCUAUUCUGGCAUGGCUACUCCGUGGUGGCUGGGUCACGCAACUGCGAACCUUCGCUCGCAUCAAAGUGACACCUGAAAUCAAGCUGGCGGUAGAAACAGCCAUUCGAAAGGAAGAGGUAGAUCGAUAUCUUAUGAAGGGCAACUUCGGCUCCACCCCAGACGUAGAAUCAUCAUCCGAUGAUGAUGUCAGCUCUUCAUCCUCAUCAUCUCUUGCCAGUCACGGUAGCGGAGGCGGAGGCGGAGACGGGGACGAGACGCCCAUGCCUGGCCGACCAGAUCCUCGGGCUCAAGCUCAGCUUCGCACCUCGCACAAGCUCCUCGAUCGGUCUACUGUGCUCCGUUUCUCUUCUCUUAUAUCAUUACCGCAUCGGGCGUCCGCUCUAGAAUCUCGAUGGCUCGAUGAGAUUGCAGCACGAUUUCCCAAUACACCCGAGUCCGACGCACUUGUUGUUAGUCGGGACAUUGCACCGAGUGAUCCCCAGAUCUUGCUGAAGACCUACUGGCUUAUAUUCCUGAAAUAUUUCAAUGGACAUGACUCUCUUGAGAAGAUACCCGUUCGAGAGAACAUGAAGCGAAAGUUCGUGGCGCAGAUUCUCAUGCGCUUAGGGCUCGUUACUGGGCCACUCUCAGUGGAGACAGACCCUCGAGAGCAGGUGCUGGUUAGUGUUCGACAUUGGUAA